GACAUGCGCGCCCCCCUUUUACCAAACAUAACCUCAAAGUUGGUAAUUUCUGUGAUUCCGGUGUUUUUCACCCGGAUUUCCCAUGGAUUUCUUUGUAAAAUUCAAGAAACCCCUGGAAAUUAGGGAAGAUGAUGAGUUGACGGAAGACAAUAUCCUGAAAUUGCAGUAUGACAUCAUCUCCAAAUGGAAAAAUGACAGUGAAACGUGGUUCCUGACCAAAGGACCGCCAAUUUUGGGAAUCUUAGGAGCUGUAUCUGGAAUUUACAUCCACAAUCACUACCGGAAGAAGCUGAAACUGGGAAAUUUUGGUAGGGCAACGUCGUAUUUGCCGAUUGUAGUUCUGCCAGCUCUUGUAGCUCCUGUCGUUCACAAAGUGGCCAUUCAGACAGCAUUGCUACUUAGUAACUACAAAUGCCCAGUAUGCCUUCAAGUUCGUGGUGGACUCCUCCAAACCGCCGUAGCAGGAAUCUAUCCGGCAAUGCUGGCUCCCCUAGCCUGCUUCAUGUACGCCAAUCGUCACUUCACCUACCGCAUCCCCUCAAUAACCCAGCAACCUAGAGAAAUCCUAACUCUCUGGGCCAAACUCACCCGACCAAUUGCAGGUCCUCUAAUAGGAAUCUUCCUGGCCAAUUAUUUUGCAGCCAUGUACCUCACCAACAGAGAGAUCCAGGACUUCCACUUAAUAAUGGUGAAGCUGGACAAAAGCACAACCCUUUUAGAAGAAAGAUCCUAAACCCAAAUAAAACAGUAAAAUAAAUAGUUCAUUUUUUUUUGGAAAAAAUCAUGUCAUUUUUAUUCGUUUUACUCUGAGAAAAAAUGCUAAUGCCAGAAGAAUUUCAAGGAUUCUUUAAUUUUUCUUUUUUUCAUCAUUUCACUCUCUAGUGAUGAAGGUUGUUUUCCGUUUGACACGGAAAAAGUGGCAGUGAAAUAUGCUCUUUGCUCCUAUUAGAAUCCUUAUCAAUUUUUCUUUUUUAAUUCUGCAUUUUUUCUUCCUUUUUUUUAAUAAUAUUUCUAUAUAAUUACUAAACACACGAUUUUCUUAACCAUCAGUUUUUUUCUACAUCGAUUUUCUUUUUUUAUUUACCCACCCGAGAAAUAUAAUAAAAAAUGUCUUUAAACACUUUUUUUUUACAAUUUAUAUAUGUAGUUACAUUCUGAGAAAUUGCAAUAGGAUCAAAAUUUUGCAUUUGGAAAUGGAUUUGCAAAGUAAAAUUUACAACAUUUGUAAAGCUAGAAAUUUAAUGUGUGCAAAAGUUGCAAAGAAAAACCUUUUAACAUAAAAAGCUUCAUUGAAAGAAUGUGUAAGAACAGGGGGCGAUUCAACUCACUUCAGAUGAACUUCACUGACAAGGGUCCCUUAUUCCUUGUUUCUUUGGUUUCGCAAAACUUUUUGAAACACUUCGAAUACAUUGAAGGUUUUUUUUAUGUCUUCUGGAAAUUUUCUGAGAUUCUUCAAGAUAUUUCUUUACAUUCUCUUGUUUUCUAUAUUUUUUUCAGUUUUGCUAAACCGAGAUUAAAAAUAUAUUGGAGUUUCCGGAAAAAAA